ACAUUUGCGCUACUACAAAUUUUAAGUCUUCAAAAUCAGCUGCCCCAGCUGCUGAUUAUUUAAUUCUGACGUAUGUUUUUGGAAAAUAUAGGACACAGUUCAGAUUUAUAAAGCGAAAAUUCAUAGCAAUAUGCUGCGACAGUGCGUUCCUAAAUCGCCGGUGCGUGUGCAUAGCAGCGCUUGUGGUGCACUGCGAAAGGCGUCAACUAACGCAACAGCUCCAGCAGCUAACGAAAAACUCGAAGAAAUACGUGAACGCCUGGUAAAAGGACCACAUUUCCAGGAUUUCGUGCAAAAUCCAGAGUUUACGCGGGAGGAGUGGACAGCCUACGAGGGCAAACUGCGUCGGGAAAAGGGCGAAAAUGAGCGAUUGCGACUGCCCCCUUGGCUGAAAACCACUAUACCAAUGGGAAAGAAUUUUGCUAAAAUAAAAACACAACUACGUGAAUUGAAAUUGGCUACAGUGUGUGAGGAAGCACGUUGCCCCAAUAUUGGCGAGUGUUGGGGUGGUGGUGAACAUGGCACACAAACAGCCACUAUUAUGUUGAUGGGCGAUACUUGCACGCGUGGUUGCCGCUUCUGUUCUGUCAAAACUGCCCGCAAGCCACCACCGCUUGAUCCCGCUGAGCCGGUGAAUACAGCCAAGGCUAUUGCCUCCUGGGGCUUAGAUUAUAUUGUGCUGACUUCAGUUGACCGAGAUGAUCUACCCGAUGGCGGCUCAAAACACAUCGCAGAAACUGUGCGUGAAAUCAAAGAACGAAACCCUAACAUUUUCGUUGAGUGCUUGGUGCCUGAUUUUCGCGGAGACUUAAAAUGUGUGGAAACAAUAGCCAACAGCGGUCUUGACGUAUAUGCGCACAAUAUUGAAACUGUUGAAAAGUUGACGCCAUUUGUGCGUGAUCGACGCGCGCACUAUCGUCAGACGUUGGCCGUAUUGCGCGAAGCAAAGCAGUUUAAUCCCAAACUCGUUACAAAGAGUUCCAUCAUGCUUGGCUUGGGUGAAACAGAUACUGAGAUUGAACAAACCAUGCAAGACUUACGCGAAGCAGGAGUGGAGUGCUUAACCUUGGGUCAAUAUAUGCAACCGACAAAUAGACAUUUAAAAGUCAUUGAAUAUGUGACACCUGAGAAGUUCAAGCAUUGGGAGACGCGUGGCAAUGAAUUGGGUUUCCUGUAUACCGCUAGUGGUCCGCUGGUGCGUAGUUCAUACAAGGCGGGUGAAUUUUUCAUAACGAGUAUCUUAAAGAAACGACAAGAGCAAACAGCAAAGGCAGAAGGAGCGCAAGAGACGCCGGGAAAUUAAGUAGGAUUGGUGUCAGCAGUUCUUAUUUAGAGAGAAUUAGGCGCAUUUAAAAAGCCAUUUAAAUUAUAAUUCACUUUUGUAAGGCAAUGCAAAUAAUAGUUGAAGCUACAAGCGCUCGAAACGUGUCGAAGGAAAGUUAUGCAAAAAUAAUACGCAGCUUAAUUUAGUGAAAAGUACGCAUAUACUAAUUUAUGUAUAAGGCGAAAAUUUUAGUUGAGACAUCGCUUAUUAUCCGUUUAGUACCUAACUGAUAUUAGUAAAAUUUGUUGUUUAUUGGAAAAAUCGUA